AUGAAUGAAGCAUCAGGAAUAACAUCAGUGGUGGUUGCAGUUGCAGUAAUGGCGGUGAUAGGCGGAGGAUGGUGGGUUUGGAAGAUGGCGAAGUGGGUGUGGGUGGAUCCGAAGAAGAUGGAGAGGCGUCUGAGAAAGCAAGGUCUUAAGGCAGAUCCUUAUCGGUUCUGGGUUGGCGACGUAACCAGGAUGAUGAAGAUGCAGAAAGAAGCUAUUUCCAGUCCUUUGCCUCCUCAUUGCCAUGACUUGGUCCCACGUGUCUUCUCCUUUGGUCACCACUUAGUCAAUAAACACGGUGAGAAUCCAUUCAUGUGGUUCGGACCGACACCGAGGUUGAUCCUUACAGAUCCUGAGCUGAUUAAAAAUGUGUUCAACAGGAACUACGACUUUGUAAAAUUACACACGAUUUCCAUUGACAAAUAUGUAUCAGUUGGUGUUGCAAGCUACAAUGGCGACAAGUGGGCUAAUCACAGGAAAAUAAUCAAUCCUGCAUUCAGUGUGGAAAAAUUGAAGACCCUGAUUCCAAUCUUCAGCCGAAGUUGCAAUGAUAUGAUGAACAAAUGGGAGAGCUUGUUGUCCCCAACAGAUGGAACCUGUGAAGUAGAUGUAUGGCCUUGGCUUAGGGAUUUCACAAAGGACGUGAUUUCUCGAGCAGCAUUUGGAAGUAGCUACGAAGAAGGCGAACAGAUAUUCGAUCUUUUAUCAGAACAAGCCGAACUUGUAGCCAAUAACUUACAGAAACAUCGCAUUCCAUUGGGGAGGUUUCUAACAACUAAGGAGAACAAGAGGAUGAAGGAAAAUGAAAGAAACAUGGAAGCUUCACUAGAAUGUAUCAUCAACAAAAAGAAGGAAGCCAUGAAGGCAGGUCAAGCCACAAAGGAUGACCUACUUGGCAUACUUUUAGAAUCCAAUCUCAAGGAGAUUGAGGAACAAGGAAACGACAAGAACGUUGGAUUGAGUAUGAAAGAUGUGAUUGGUGAGUGCAAGUUGUUCUACCUGGCUGGCCAAGAAACCAUUUCUUCUUUACUGGUUUGGACUAUGAUGCUAUUGAGCAUGUAUCCUAAUUGGCAAGCACGUGCCAGGGAAGAAGUCCUGCAAGUCUUUGGCAAUCAAAAGCCAGACUUUGAUGCACUAAGUCGCCUCAAGAUUGUGACAAUGAUCUUGUAUGAGGCUUUGAGGUUAUAUCCACCAAUAGCAUGGGUGGAGCGGUAUGCUGAAAAAGACGUGAAACUUGGAAAUCUGUCAAUUCCCAAAGGAGUACGAAUUAGCUUACAAAUACUUAUGAUGCACCAUGAUGAACGCUUCUGGGGAGAUGAUGCCAAAGAGUUCAAACCAGGUAGAUUUUCUGAAGGAAUCUCAAACGCAGCAAAGGGUAAUUCUGUUGCCUUCUUCCCAUUCGCAGGGGGUCCUCGAGUCUGCAUUGGCCAGAACUUUGCCUUGUUGGAAGCCAAAACGGCUAUGUCUUUGAUUCUACAACGUUUCUCCUUCGAGCUUUCCCCAACAUAUUCUCAUGCUCCCACCACCGUCCUCACUCUUCAGCCUAAACAUGGAGUUCAAGUCAUUCUGCAUAAAUUGUAA